AUGCCCAUGGGGCCUCCUUCUGGACAUAGCCCUGGUGGCAGUCCAUCCGGUCCGCCCAAUGCUUCCAUAGCCCCAGCUCCGUCGUCGUCGGCUCCCGAACCUGGCGCUGCCGGCGACGGAAGAAAAGCAAAGCGUGAGCUUUCUCAGUCGAAGCGUGCGGCGCAAAACAGAGCUGCGCAGAGAGCAUUCAGACAGCGCAAGGAGGGCUAUAUCAAGAAGCUUGAGCAGCAGGUGCGAGAUUACGCCGAGAUGGAGCAAACGUAUAAAGUCGUGCAGGCCGAAAACUACGCCCUGCGUGAGUACGUUAUCCAUCUUCAAUCGAGGCUCAUUGAUACCCAAGGAGAGUAUCCGCCUCCGCCGCCCAAUGUGAAUCUUUCCCAGUCCUCCGCCGCCCAGCCUCCUCCUGCCAGUGCACCCGAGCCAGCGCCAAACCCUGGAGUUGGAACGCCGCUUGAAGCUGUUGCCCAGGCCGUAGCUGGUCUUGCUGCCCAGGAGCAAUUGGCCGAAUCCCAAGGGCGAUACCCCAGCCCCGAAUAUAAGCCUGAGCCACGCGAUGAAGAUAGUCGCACAGUCGACGAAAUCAACAGACAACUUCACCAACAGAGCGAAGAAAACUCUGGUCGACCGGCGGAUGUGUAG